AUGGAACCCAUAGUCGACAUUUUCUAUCUCUCUCUUACUAGACCAGAUCCUGCCAGACAAUUGUACACGGUCCCAAAUUUCAUCCUGGGGGCUAUCCUCAUUACCCUCCACCCUCUCCUCAAACCCCUCAUCGAUUACACUCUAGACCGCAAAGGCCUCCGCAAAUAUCCCGUUUAUAGCCCUCUCUACGCCCUGACAAGCCUCGGCUGGUGCCUUGAAACGUGGCGCGGCGGAAUACGGUCAAAGAAGCUGAGCGAUAUGCACAAAGUCCACCCUGUGAUCCGUAUCGGACCAAACUCACUCUCAUACGGUCAUCCAGGUGUAUACAAUGAUAUCUACGGCCACGGCACAAAGUGUCUCAAGGAUAACUUCUACCAGACAGAGAAGACCACCCACUUCAAUCUCGGGAAUGUGAUUAACAAGGCUGACUAUACCCGGAAGCGCAAGAUGCUUGCUAGUGUCUUUGCGGCGAAGAAUUUGGAAGACUGA